CUGGCUGCGAAAGGAAAGGCUACAGAUGAUAAUAUUGUCUACACUGAAGGUCCUCUUUCUUCUGCUUUUCCACUCCUUUCUUGCAGAGGCUAUUGACUUCUCAGAUAAGGAAACGGCUGCCGAAUCAUGGGAUAUAUUAGCGGCUUAUUCGCAAGCUAGUGAGUGGCCAAACCUGUCACGAGACCGGGCUAUUGGUAUCAGAGCCCAAAGAGACGUCUCUGCAAAUGUCACUAUUGAUUACAUUGUAACCCCAGGUGUGGACUUGAGCAGAGUGGUGUUUGAACCAUACGGUUACAAUGCUGGCUCGCUCCAAUAUCUCAAAACUUUGAUGAAUGUCGGAGUUCAGACCUUUGUUUUGGACCUCUACUACGACGAGACCAACCGAAAUUGGUUGUUGUGUCCAAAGAGUAGGCUUCUCAACGACACAGCUUCAAGUGAUAUUUCUGAAUGCAGUAUUUCAACUUUCAACCUGACGUCGCUUAUCACUACAAUGAACCAGUUUUUGAGCGUUACCAAUAACGACCUAGAUAUCAAUGUGAUGUUUUUACUGGUCAGGCUUAACUCUCUGUCAUCAACAGGCCUCUCUUUUAAAGCAAACGUGACUGACUCCAACAUUACAUCUCUUUCAACAGCCUUUUCAGGAAUAAAUAAGAUAGUUUCACCGUCAAGCAUCGAUGGGAAUGCUCUCCCCACAUUAAAUAAUUUGUUGUUCAAAUUGAGUCAGCGUGUCUUCCCCGUGAUCAUUGAAAACAAUCUACCCACUAACUCAACAUAUGAUCUUUCAGUUGAUAAGACUACGUUUUUCACUUUUGCAAGAUCCUCCGCUUUUGAGCAACCCGUUCCUGGUUACCCCACUUUAAACCUAGAACUUCAAAAUUCUGGAAACAUGAAAUGUCAGCAGAUUGAUUUACCCGCUAAUUCCUCAUCAUCUUUGCGUUUUAGUUAUGAUACAAGAUCGUCACCUUUUACCAUUCAAAGUUACUGGGAGAGCGUUCAAUGUGGUUAUAGUCCUAUAAUAAGCCAUUCCUUGGAGGAUAUUUCUAAUAUUUCAACUUUCUUGGAAGUAUCUUCAUGGGCAUGGGCUCCAUUCCAGCCCACAGUUACAAACCUCGAUGAGUUGAACAUUCCAAACUUGUUUUCAAAUCUGACAAAUAGGGAUCUUCCUGCGGCAUUCACAACUUCUAAUUAUACGUCAACAGCGCUACAAAAGAGUCCAGAAAUAAUUACUGCUGACAACAAUAAUAAUACUAUAAUAAGCGGGAAUAACGAAAUAAGUGAUGACAAUCCUGAUGAUGAAUACGUGAACAGAUGUGCAGCAAUUUCCAAGAUUGGAUGGAUUGCAACUACAUGUGACCGUAAACUGUUUGCCAUUUGCGUAAACAUCAAAAACUCUUCAGAUUACGCCAUAACAGUGGAGAAAAAAAGCUAUAUGAAGGCGGAUAUUGAAUGCAAAGCACUGGAUGGUGAUUAUCAACUAGCCUUGCCGAGAAAUACAAUAGAACAAAACUACAUGAUCUCAUUAAUACCUCUUCACGAAGACACUAUAUGGAUCGAUUUGAACUCUCUAUCGAGUGAAAAUUGCUGGGUAGUUGGAGUCAAUUCAAAUUGUCCUUACCAGCUGGUUGUGUCAAACCAUAUCUUUGUUAGAAUGAUAACACCCAGUACGGUUAUGGCGUUGUUGUUGUUUUUGCUUUUGUUUGUGCUACAAUUUCAACGAAUACCUGUACAUAAAAAUAGAAAGUAUUGGAGAAAGUUACUUAACGAAAAACUUAAAAACGACUAUGACGGUGUACCUUCAUGAUCUCAACUUAACUUUCAUCCUUGAACAACAAUUCAUCUUAUAAUGUCUAUUGCUUUAUCAACACCCUCUUCUGUAUCUAUAAUCUCGCUGCCAUAUAUACCGUUAUCAUAUAUACCCGAUUUCAAAUCAAAUUUAGAAU